UGCAGCCAAACCCAACACAAAAACAUGCUGACUGGCCGCGCAUGGCCAAUCCUGCUGCGGCGACAAGGAUUAUUAGCAGUGCGGUGCACGAGUUCAAUAGACGCCAAGCAAUUUUACACACUCGCGGGAUGUGCUCAAGCAAGGGCGGCGUCGAGUGCGCAACCAACUGCGAACCAGCCAAGAGAGACCAAAGCGCCGCGAUGGGCACAGCGACCGGGUGAACUGCGCCAAGUGCAGACGGGCCAUGGACGAGCAUCUGCAAUGGCGACUGCGACAACAACAAGCACAGCAAUAGCAGCAGCAAGCGUGCAUUCAGUGCUGGGCGCGGGUGCGCGACGGAUGAUGCAUCUCCAAGCAGCAUGGCGCGCUGCUGCAACCACCGCUGCGUCACAGAGCCGCGCGAGUCUGACGACCCUGCUGCCUCGGAUGGAUGUUGCCAGCAGUAUGGACAGUGGCGCGUCGCUGCGAUGGGCUGCUGCUGGUCGGACGUCCGUCGCAGUCAUGCCGAUCGCAAGCCAGUCCACGAGCGCACCAACGCAACCCGCCCAGGACGAGUCGUCAUUGCAGAGUCCUCCGAACUAUUGCUGCAUGUCGGGUUGCGCAAAUUGCGUGUGGGAUCAUUACCUUGAUUCGGGUGCAUCGACGUCCUCCGACUCGACGCAGCAGCAGAGCAACCUGACCGACAGAAUCGUCGAGCACGGAUUGCCCGGAUCUGCCACCGCCGCUGCCGUGGAGCAAUCCCAACCCGGGUCUGCCACUUCCGACGCUGCUGCAGCAACACCUCCCGCGCCCUCACCGCCACCCCUGCGACCAGAAGUGGAUGCUGGCAUGAAGGCAUUCCUCGAGUUGCAAAAGCGAUUGCAGGCGCAACAGUGAAAGUCCUAUCGUUUGUAAAUUUGAUCCUUGUAUUAUGGAAGCAUUGUCACAUUAAAUUUUAAUCACUGGUCCUG